CACAAAGGGAUCGUUCGUGUUUGCUAAUGCUAAUGCAAAUAUCGCGUGUAAAGAGAAUCGAAUUCGAAUCGACAUGUAAAAGUCGAUCGUGAGAAGAUUCAAGGAAAUAAUAAAAUUUGAAAAAGCCGCAAGAGAUCAUCGUUAGAAACGAGCGCAAUUUUUCGUUCUCGUGAUCGAUUUCCAUAAAGCAACAUUGCUGCGUUUUAAUCGAUGUUGCGCAUUAGGCAACUAUCGCUUUAGAGGAGAAGUAGAAACCAUUCGAUUGUGAUUCGAUUGAUCGAUUGUUCGAUCUCCUAGUUACUCGCAUCCUAUUCGAUUUUCACUGUUCAGCCCUUUUAUGGUAAACGAUCAAUUGACUUGAAUAAAGAGUUACGUUUGAGUUUUGUUUGAUUCUUGGAAAUUAGUGGAGACUAAAAUCAGUCGCGUGACGACCGCGAACGAGUGAUACGAAUUGAUCUCGCGAAUAAUACGGCAAGAUACAUCAUGACGAGUUUUCAAUUUCGUACAACAUUAUUAUUAAUAUUGUGUUCAAGCUGCGUGUAUCUCGAUAUUUUACCAGUGGAAGCUGAAUCUAUUUUAAUAAGACCGUACUACGUGUACGAAAAUUUGAUCAAAGGAGUUCACGAUUACUUCAACAAUACUUGCAUCAUACUUUUUCAUGGCUCUUCAAAAUUAAGAGAAGAGCAAGGUUUGCAAGAAAUGGACGAACUUUUGACGCUUCAAACGCAAUUUAGCAAAUAUUUUCACAUUCGAACUGUGAUCAUGGAUUUUCAUAUGUUCAAGAAUCGGGUAGAGAAAACUUAUCAUCACAUCAAGAGGCCGUUGUUCGUGUUGUUGAACGAUUUCGAAAAGAUCAAGGAGCAAUUCGUCUCGGUGUCCAAGUGGAUCACGAUGGCUUAUCCGACAUGGUUGCUGUUCCUGAGGGAUGAGACUAGAUUCGAAGAGUUUUUGUCAGACGUUUACAUACCUUUCGAUUGUGUUUUUAUGGUGGCUCAAAGAGAUUCACAAGGAACUGAGAUAAUUCAGGACGUGUAUCGAAUCGGAAAAGAGGAUUAUCUGAGGUCAAUGACGUUCGGUAUGUGGAAUGCGAGUCAUGGAUUCCAAGGACCUUUUCUUGGUUUGUAUCAACGCAGGCACGAUCUACACGGGCAUAACAUAAGGGUGGCUGCCAUUAACGAUCCUCCUAUUUCACGGAUUUUCCGCGAUGAGACUGGCCAACCAUUUGGAAUCUCAGGUUUUUUCGGCGAGGUUAUUCAGCUACUGCAAAAAGCAAUGAACUGCACGUUUUCCUACAAGGAAGCUGACACGUGGGGCGUCCAAUUGUUGAACGGCACGUGGACAGGUUCGAUUCGGAUGUUGAUAGAGGAUGAGGCGGAUCUGGUGGCCACCGAGAUGAUGAUGUCUUCCGAUAGGUUGGAAGUACUGAAAUUCACGACUCCCAUUUACACGAGCAAAUGUCGCGUAUACAUCAGGAGACCCGACACGACAGCGGUAAAAUGGAACGCAUAUCUGGCACCGUUCGCGUGGAACAUUUGGAACGUGAUAGCACUGACUAUUGUGAUCGUGACUCUCACGAUCGCAGGAAUCGACGCCUUCUCGAGAAGAGUCGAGUGGCUCCCCUCGAUCAAUGGCAGGCCUUAUUCCUCCAACGAUUUGUUCGACAUCCUGUUCCACGUGUUUGGCGUGUUCUGCGGACAAGGUAUGGAUCCGUCUUUAUUGGAUCCAACGAGGAUGGUGCAUCUGAGCGUCCAUUUGACGGCGGUGGUAGUGAUCGCGGCUUACUCGGCAGCUUUGAUCAGUUACUUGGCUAUCAAAACGUUCGUGAUGCCGUUCACCACGAUGGAGGGUUUACUCGAGGAUGGUACCUAUCGUUUCGCGGUCACUGCUAAUUCGGCCGACUACAGUUUCUUUCAGAAUACGACCGAUAACGUGCUCAGGAUCAUGUUCGAAGAGCUAUUGACCAAGGAGACUGAUCUGCCUGUGAAUUAUUUCGAUGGUUUGGAACGCGUAUGCCGGGAGAAGAAUUAUGCGUUCAUGACGUUGGACAAUAUGGCUUCUUUGCUGCAAGAAAAAGUGGACUGCACUCUCGAACCUUUGGACGUGAUAAUGCAAACGACCAUAGCCAUGGCGAUGCCGUUUCAAAGUCCUUACCGUGGCAUUAUCGACACCAACAUUCUUUUAUUGCGGGACAGCGGAAUCCUUCAACGACUCCUCAAGAUCGAAUGGUCAAACGAGAUUCGACGGACAAAAAAAGGGUGGAGCUCGGUAGAAUUGGAAGACGCGGCACCGUUGCUCCUUUUUCUGCUCGCCGCCUAUGCGAUUACCAGUCUGCUAUUGUUGAUGGAGCGAUUGAUUUAUCGAAAUCGAAAACAACGAUCCAAAACGAAUUAGCCACGCAUAUUUAUCGAAUUGAAUCAUUCGCGCGAGUCGUCGCGUUCUUGAAUAUUCGUCCAAGAUCGCACGUAAUAUAUAAACAAAGGAUCGAGUUGGCACGCGUCCGGACGAGUAAGCGACAGUUGUGCACACUUUCUUGUAGCGAUCACGUAGAAUCAAACUCGCGGCGAAACGACGAGGAAAUGACGAGUAAUUUAUCCAAAACUGAAAUAUCUCAUUCAACGCGGAACAAGGUUUCCGUUGAAAGAAAGAUCUCGUCUAAAGAAAUUUUAUUACCGAGUGGGAAAGAGAAUGAGUGCCCUUCUGCGAAGAACGCGACGGCCGGUGGUAGAAAGGUGAUUUUCAUGGGUGAUACAACGUGUCGAACGCAACGUGUCUCUUCAAGUUCGAACCGAGGGACCGAGCAGUCAAAAGAAGUAGGUGUUUGAACGUUACUCAGCCCCUCAGUUCGAACAACGAGCUAAGAAAGGAAGUCUCGAAUGAACGCAGCCGAACGAAUCGUUCGCUUUGGAAUGUAUCCGGUAAAAAGAUGCCAUUUCACGUUCAUUGCGACGAUGCGAAUAAAAUUUCAGGUAUAUGCGAUUCUCAAGCAGAAACGCAUCCUAUUUCCAACGUGACAUCGGUCGAUUUAAUAGAAUCGCAUUCUA